CAAAAAACUGAUUUUUAUUCUCGAUACUGAGCCGAUUCUGUUCGUUUCCCGUCUGUAGGGUUAGGUUUUGCCCUUUUUUUCUUUUUCUUUGACCAUCUCUUCAUCGUUUUCUCCCGAUUGCGGUUAUAUAGAGUGACAAUCGGAGAGAGGAGGUGUGUAGACAAGGAGGUUCAGAGCACCGACGGACGGAGGAGACUUGCCGGAAUGACGACGACGAUAUGAUGUGAUAUUCGUGUGUCGUUUUUGGUUGACUUUGAUCUGGAGAUUUUGGAGGGGGGGUGGGAUAUUGACGGAUCGGUCGGGGAUUAACUGUUCUGGAAGAGACUCGAUUCUGAGUUUUUCAGGGGGGUAAGAGGAUGUCAUCGUCGAAUUCGCCGUGUGCGGCGUGCAAGUUUCUUCGUCGGAAAUGCACGCAAGAGUGCGUGUUCGCGCCGUAUUUCCCACCGGACCAGCCGCAGAAAUUCUCCAAUGUGCAUAAGGUGUUCGGGGCGAGCAAUGUUGCGAAAAUCCUCAACGAACUCAACGCGUCGCAGCGGGAGGACGCUGUGAACUCGCUGGCGUACGAAGCGGAGGCGCGGCUUCGUGAUCCGGUUUACGGUUGCGUUGGUCUUAUCUCGAUCCUGCAGCACAGGCUGAAGCAAGUGCAGAGCGAUCUCGAGCACGCCAAGAAAGAGCUGGCGACCUAUAUCGGACCUCAGGCUAUGCUUCCUAUAUUGCAGCCUUCAGCUUUUAUGCUCCAACAGCACGUGGGUAGCGCGUCUUCCUCGGCGGUUAUGCAACAUAACAUGAUGCCCAUGAUGGGGAUUCCCACGGGGCCCACACCUCAUGGGGGUCAGUUGGUGAUCCGGGAGCCACAGGCUCAACAGCAUCCGCAUCAGGUCUUUGAGGCGCAGCAGUUGGCUGCCGUGGUGGCGGCUAGAGAACAGCAGGAGAUGCUCCGUGGCUAUGAACAUCAGCAGCAGGGUCAGCAUCAUCAUCAGCAACCAGAAGUUUUGAGGUUUAACAGUGGUGGGUUUGAGGGGGCAAGUUCGGUGACUCCUACUGGGUUCAAUCAGAUUUCCACCGUGACAGGCGGUAUGUCUUCUUCUUUGGGUCUUGGAACCUUUGAUAAUCCUUAUGGUCAGAUUCAUCAGCAGCAACAAGAGCAACAUCACCACCAUGCUCACGGGCACCCGCUUCAGGCACAACUUUUGCUCCAGUCUCAACCAACACAGUCACAGCAGCAACAACCACAGCAAAGUCAGCAAGGGUCCAGCUCCGGGAACGAGGACAGAAGGAGUGUUGGUCCUUCUUGUUAAAGAUUUCCCUGGCAGCUCGUGUGCCUUCUCGCUUUUGCCUGAAAGCAAAUUUUCAUUCUAGCUCAUAUCUGCAGAGUACAAAAUGAACAGAGAAAUAGAGAGAGAGAGAGAGAGAGAGAUUGGAGGAGAUUUAACAGCUGAGAGAUCCGAAUUCCAGCAUUAUUUUUUGGGUUUUAUGAAGACUUUCCUUGGAAAAUACAGUUUAAAAAAAUUAAUAGCAUUGAUCUUGGAGUACGUACAGUUGUUUUUUGUUUUCAGUUUAACUGGAGAUGCCAUGGCUUAUUAUAUAAAUGGGUAAUCAUCUCUAAAGUUUUUUUUUUUUUUUUUGGGUUUAUCUUUGAAUGAAUCUAUUAAUUACAU